AUGUUCCCCACCCGCGCCUCCAGCUUUCCUCUCGGCCGGCCCCCGCGCUCCGACCCCUGCAAGUCUCGCGAGAGCUGGAAACAAGUCCCAGAUCAGGAAGGCCGGCGCAGACGCUCCAGAUAUCGCGAGAUGAUCCGCUGCUUCCAUCCCUUCCGGUUUUUUCAGUUGGUCGUCAAGGUGACGAGUUGCCUGGAGGCUCGAGGUGACCCUGACCUUGGGGCUGCGCCUAUGGGCUGCGAAGCUGACAGUUUCCUAGGCGUCACCCCAAACCGUGACCAGGCCUUUCCUCCGCACCAAAGUGCGACAUUGGCCCUGGAAAUCCCCCGGGCAAGAGAGGGUUGUAAAUUCAGCUUCCUUAACGUCACAGAUUAGAAUGUUCUAUACCACAGCACCUGCAUAAAUAAAGGUCUUUUAGAUGCCA